ACUGCAAAGGCUACCAAUGUGGCUGCUUUGGACCAAGCAAGAAAACAUUAUAUAUCUGCGAUGGAACAAAGGCCUCGAAGAAGUCUUGUUCGACUGCAAGAGUUUCAUCUCGAGAAGCUGACAGAGGCAAAGAAAGUGUUUGACGACUAUCCCAAGAUGGGUGGUGACGUAAUAUCUGCCACGUUCAUGGAUAUUCUCAUGAAGGACCUUGAAGAACUGCUGAGUCACUUUGUGGAGGAUGAAAAGGAGAUCAUCAGAAAAGAGCAGGAAGAGAAAGUGGAAAGGGAGAGAGAAAGACAGGAGCAGCAGAAAAGGGAAGAAGAAAUGAGACACGAACAAUUGCUGGAGAAAUUAAGGCAGGAAGCGAGAGAGGCGGAAUUGAAGAGAGAAAUAGAAAUGUUGAGAGAACAGAAGACAAAGAUAGAACAAGAACAAGCGCGGGACAGAGAAGUUGACGCGAAGAUGGAGAGAUUGAAACAGGAAUACAAUAUGAAAAUAGAGCUCUUGGAGCUGAAAUUGGCGGAAAUGAGAAACGCAAGUGACAAGCCACCAUUGAUAUGUGUCAUUUCGUGAAGUUGCAUGUGUAACAACAGUAUGUAACACGUUGCGAUGACAUGUUAAGAUUAUGAUACACCCAUGUGGAAGAAUUCCUUUCUUACGCAGCUAGCCCUGAGGGGGUUUUGUUCGAUAACCACAGGACUUUAGAUGCAAAGGAUAUAAUGAUCAGUAUGCUGUGGGAUUACUUCGAAGUUCAAUUUUCUUCAGGGUGGAUAGAAGUAUUUAGCUGCUGUAUGGCGACAAAUAAAGCAAGCUAAAUAAAACA